ACGGGGGGACGGGGUGCAGGAAGCAAUUUUCCACAUGCUCUUACAACCAUUGGUUAGUUAUCCACAAGAAUAUGUGUAAUACUAAUGAUAAAACGAAACUAGUUUGCUUCUAAUUGAUCACGUUGCUUUUCAGUUUUCAUCCAAACUGAACAGCAACUUCUGAUUCCAAUUAUGCAAACCAAUCUGCAACUCAUCUCAUCACCUCAUGUGAGAACUUCAAUCAAAAUUGUGAGCACUUUAAACGAAAGCCACCAAAGCAAUCAUCAGCAACAACCCUUGUCAUCAGGAAAAAUUAAACGUCUUGUUCUCACCCAAGAAGGUAGAACAAAGCUCAACAUUUACCCCGAUAGAGACUUCUAUUCAUAUCCACGAUUUGUGACCCAUGUAGAUGAUGGCUUCAUUUCUACACUCACCAACCUUUACAGAGAGAGGUUGAGACCUGACACUGAGGUUCUUGAUCUCAUGAGCUCUUGGGUCAGCCAUCUACCCAGUGAUGUGAAGUACAAAAGAGUGGUGGGGCAUGGGUUGAAUGCACAAGAGCUUUCAAUGAAUCCAAGGCUGGAUUUUUUUGUUGUCAAGGAUCUCAACCAGGAUCAACGGUUUGAAUUUGAGAGUUGCAGUUUUGAUGCAGUGUUGUGCACGGUUAGUGUGCAGUAUCUGCAACAACCAGAGAAGGUAUUUGAAGAGGUGUUCCGGCUACUAAAGCCAGGAGGAGUGUUCAUAGUGAGUUUUAGCAACAGAAUGUUUUAUGAGAAAGCCAUAAGUGCAUGGAGGGAAGGGAGUGCUUAUAGUAGGGUACAACUUGUGGUUCAGUAUUUCCAAUCCGUGGAAGGUUUCACAGAGGCAGAGGUAGUUCGAAAUCUGCCAAAUGCUCAAGAGAACAAGUCACCAAUUGGUUGGAUCCUGAGGCUUUUUGGAUUGCUUUCAGGGUCAGAUCCCUUUUAUGCAGUCAUUGCUUACAGGAAUUUUAAGCCCAUACUUGAUGACUGAAAUAGAGGCUUGUUAUAGACUAAUAUAUAAAGGUAAAAAAUUUAUUGACAUAAACGGUAAUAGGUUGAGUUCGGAAUUUAAAUCUUGAUUUUGAAUAUAAAAUAGAUUAUAUUCGACGGAGAA